AUGGGCAGGAUGGCAAAGUGUCUGCGAGUGCUAUCUGAUUCCUCAAUGCUCAGCCUGAGUGAUUAUGACUCAGGGAUCACAACUCCACUUGUUGAGCAGCCUCAGGUUGACUCACCUUUGGGGCCUCAGCAUACCAGAUGUCCCAAUGCUGGAAAAGGUGGAGCAGCCUCUCAGUUAAGGAGGGUUGGAGAAGCUGUGAUCAAUGUACCAGAAAGACGCACUUGCAAGGGACAACAGUUUGUUAUACCUGAUGGAGAGCUGGAGAACAUCAUGGCGCCAUCUCCAGCAAAAAGAGAACUCACAAGAAAGGUAAAAAAAGCAGUAAGCUGUACCAGCAUUAUGACACCAGAUCAAUCGGAUGAUGCAAGUUCCGCACCUUCUCUGCACAUUGUAGAGCCUGGUGAAAGGUUCAGGUUACAGAAGAACCCCAUUCCUCUGGGUUACAUUGGUUUGCAGCCUUUGGGGUUGGAGGAGCACCCUGAGCAUCUGAAGUCUCAUAUUCAGCAGGAUAGACCACGCUCCCAUACUCGCAUGGAAGUUGCAAAAAGGCCUGCUGUUGAACUGUCUGUCAUGCAUGCACCCGCUAUCCAUGGGGCGCAGCCUAUCAUCCUAUACCCAAAGCUAUCCAACCCACCUGUUCAAAAAAAAUUGUUGGGGGCAGGUCGAGCUUUUCCAGACAGUGCUUCCUCCAUCUUGCAACCUGUUUCUGUCUUGGAAAAUGAAGAAACUGAACAUCAUGGUGACAAGGAUAUGUCCAAGGUUGAUUAUGGGUUAAACAUGGUCAACGACGACAAGUUCCCUCCAAGCAAUGACGAAAUGCAUACCUUUCUACCUGUCAAAUUCUCACUUGACAGAUCCGCAGAUGAGGAUGAGGAUAUCAGCCACACCCAGCGCCAUCAAGGUCAGGUAGAACAAUGGGUUGACCACCUUAGACAUGCAUCUAAGGAUGACAGGCAAAAUAGGCGUAAAGAUCGCAGUGAGUGGAACCAACCACAAGCCAGUCGACUGCAUGGUACUAGCAAACCAGCUUGUUCCAAUGCAAUAGUGGAAGUGCAUAAGAAGACUAACCAUCAUGCUCAGUCUCCAUCACCAACGUACUUGCAUUCAGUGUGCCAUUCUGGCUUCAUGGUCAACCAGGCGAACACCAAGCACGCUCGCACCAGCAAUCUCCAGUCAAACAACAAUCAUCAAGCGGCUGGGGACUCUGAUGGUGACAUGAAGGUUGAUACAGAUUUAGAGGUUCAACACACCAGUGUUGGGCACCACACAAAGGCAGCCAAGAACACACAGGGCGGUGCUGUUGUUGCAAAAUGGAAGACUCUUGGUUGCAUCUUGCCACUGCAGACCCUAUUUCCUGCAUGCAAGGAAGCCCUUAGUGACACUGGUAUAUGCUUGGAACUAGUCACAGAAUCGAUUGUGGCUUGGGAGGCACAAAACUGCCAUCUUGAAGCAGACCCCCAAUAUGAGUAUGACAUGGCCACUGUUAUUUACAAUGAUUCCAUCAACUUUCGCAGUAGGAUCAAGCAAAUCGCGAUCAAUAUUGUUCCUGUGGAGUACAAGCUGAGUGGCAGUGAGAGCGAGAUCAAACAGAAAGCGAGUGCAUUGUUGAAGGGUUCAACAUAUUUGUGUGAAGAACAUGAUGAGCAUGUUUGCAAUGUUCUUCAUGUCUACUCAAUGUAUGGCCAUGUGAACACGAAGCAAACAGCCUUGGGAGAUUCUGCGAAGGUGUACCGUAAACUAACAAAUAUGCUCAAGCAGGUCGCAGAUAAAGAAUAUCAUAGUGAGAAGCUUAAUGAAGCACUCCAAUCUUGGGCUAUGGCUGGCAUGACUGGGGUCAUUGUUGAUGAUAAACCUCAAGACAUCAAGAGCGAUUCCGACUGGGUGGUCGAACUUGAUUAA